GAACUCCACGUUCUUUUGGAAUCGAAGUCAUCUGAGAGUCCCAGUUUGGAAUUAUCCUACUCUGUGGAGCGUGCCACCUGGAAUCCAUGCUACGACAUUCGUCUGUCAAGCUCAUCUGCAACGCUACAGAUAACUUACUACGGUUUGGUAUCACAAACAACGGGGGAAGAUUGGGAGCCAGACAAGCUGACACUUUCAACUGUGCACCCGUCUCGCACAGCCCGGUGGCGCAUUCCAGAACUAAAGGAGGAGCGGCUCACAUUCAAAGACGAAGACAGCCAUAGUAGACGGGCGGGUGUCAUGCGUCGAGUCGGUAUUGAUAAAGCAUGCCGAAAGCUCAAGUCGCGUUCGCUAAAUUGCGAAACUUAUGAAGAAUCACAGGUCCAGCCGAUCGACGAGGCAGCCGUGUACUUGACAGAAAGUGCUUGUUGCAGUACCGGCAUAAGACCAGUGUGCUUAAUCCCAAGCCAAGGGCAAUCGGACCCGGUUGCAACUCGCAAGGAUCAAUUUAAACCUACAAUACCGAGAAAGUGGCUGGGCACCAGUGCUGAGACGGAUAUUAUAUACGAACUUGAAAAAAGCCGCAAUCAAACGCUAAUGGACCUUCACCGUUCUGAUCCACGCUGUACUACGACAGCGAAGGAGGAGCACCAAACCGCCGAUUCCACCCAGACUCCCGAAAAUCUCACUUUGUCUCGGUAUAACUUUAUGAUGGGCUACGAGAACGACUGCGUUCCGAAUGCAAUGACGUGCUCCAGCCUCCCUCCAGGGAUUCAUUUUCCCUCACUCACUUACGAAGUAAACAACAAACCGCUGUCCAUCAGAGGAAACGGAGAGCCACAACGAGUCACUCUGGGCACUCUGGAGUUUCGCCCCUCGCUGGAAUAUGUCACUAUACCAAAGCUGCUUCCAAAAGCGUUUUUAAGAGUUCGUAUGCAUAAUACAUCGGAAUUCGCGUUACUUGAAGGUCCAGCCAGUGUUUACCUCGACAACAGUUUCAACGGAAAA